AUGUCCACUCAACCCUCCACCCUCCCCGAUGCCUCCGCCCAAGUCCCCGGACACUCCGCCGCCCAUCCCUCCAGCGCCGCCGAACUCGCCAGUCUUAAAGUAGGCCUGCGCGCCGCCCUGCGCCAAUUCCCGGACUUCCCUUCCCCCGGCAUCCUCUUCGAGGAUAUCCUGCCUAUCUUCGCCGACCCCAAGCUGCACGAGGCUCUCAUCCACUCGCUCGAGCUGCAAAUUCUCGAGGCCUAUGGUGGCCAGAAGCCUGAUGUUAUCGUUGGUCUGGAGGCUCGUGGCUUCUUGAUGGGCCCUAGUUUGGCGCUGCGUCUGGGUGCGAGCUUCGUGCCUGUUCGCAAGCAGGGCAAGUUACCCGGUGCUUGUGUGACCCAGGUUUAUGAGAAGGAGUAUGGUCAGGAUUUCUUCCAGAUGCAGGAGGGUGCUAUUAAGCCCGGGCAGAAGGUGAUUGUCGUGGAUGAUAUUAUUGCCACUGGUGGCUCCGCUUGGGCUGGUGGCGAAAUGAUCCGCAAAAUGGGCGGUGACCUGAUGGGCUUCAUCUUCCUCCUCGAGCUCGAGUUCCUCCACGGCCGCGACAAGCUCCCCGCCCCCGUCCACACUCUGCUCUCCGGCCAGGCCUAA